CUUUCGCGCACCUCCUCGACCGCACCUUCUCUUCACAAUAAGCCCUCUCAAUCGCCCAAAGCAUGUCGACCAUAACGCAGCGAGCAUCGCAAAGCUCGUAUCAGCCUAUUCUCCCCAAACCCUUCAACGCGAACCAACCGAAAACAAUUCGCCUGUACCCUCUGAGCAAUUACACUUUUGGAACGAAGGAUGGUCAGCCAGAAGAGGACCCAUCUGUGCUAGCGCGACUGAAGCGACUCGAAGAACACUAUCAGGAACAUGGCAUGCGGCGGACUUGUGAGGGGGUCCUGGUCUGCCAUGAACACAAUCAUCCACACAUUUUGAUGCUGCAGAUCGCGAAUGCCUUUUUCAAGUUACCUGGCGACUACCUUCGCGCCGAAGACGACGAGAUCGAGGGCUUCAAGGCUAGGCUGAACGAGCGCCUUGCGCCGGUUGGCACCCAAUUCACAGGUGAAGGCGUCAACGAUGAGUGGCAGAUCGCAGAUACUUUGGCACAGUGGUGGCGACCCAAUUUCGAGACCUUCAUGUACCCUUUUAUUCCUGCGCAUGUGUCGAGGCCGAAGGAGUGCAAGAAGCUCUACUUUAUCCAACUACCACGGAGCAAAGUGUUGAGCGUCCCGAAGAACAUGAAGCUGCUCGCAGUCCCCCUAUUUGAGCUCUACGACAACACCGCACGCUAUGGCCCUCAACUCUCCGCCAUCCCUCAUCUCCUUUCUCGCUACAAUUUCGAGUUUGUGGAUGAGAACGGCCAGGUAGUGGCGGUAACCCCCGGCGGCGGUCCCUUGGAAGGCGGGAAUGUCCAGACAAAGGUGCUAGCAGGAGGGGAGGAUGUCAAGAUGGGGGAACAGAACGGGGAUGCGUCAAGUGAGAAUACUCUGUCGUGAGAGACAGGCUCUAUGCUCACGUGCAGUGUGUUCUAACGGGCCUUGCUCUAAGUCAGGUUGAAGUGCAGUGUACUUGGGUUCUACGGUGCCCCUCGAAUCUCAAAAUCUUCCAGAGACUGCUUCGUCUUGUAGUCUUGAGGCGCACAUCCGGCUCGGCGUUUUUGAGAAGCUUUCUGGUGGGUUUCUAUAUCUGCAGCUUCUUCGCCGCAACAAAGCGGGCGGGAGCAUUGGGAAAAUCAAGUAGAAUAGGGUCCGUCAGACCAACUACCAAUUCAUUGAAAAUGAAUAGCAUAAACUC